CCGGAAGCAGGCGGCUGGAGCGAGCCGGGCGACAUGACGACCCCGAGCGCGCUGCUGGUGAUGGGCGUGAGCGGCUCCGGGAAAUCGAGCGUGGGCGCCCUGCUGGCAUCCGAGCUCGGGUGGAAAUUCUAUGAUGCAGAUGACUAUCACCCGGAGGGAAAUCGAGUGAAGAUGAGCAGCGGGAUCCCCCUGGAUGACCAGGACAGAAUUCCAUGGCUCUGCAAAUUACACGAUUUAUUACUAAGAGAUGUAACUUCAGGACAACCUGUGGUACUAGCAUGUUCGGCUCUUAAGAAAAUGUACAGAGACAUCUUAAUCCGAGGAAAAGACAAGACAUCUCAGAAGUCUGCUGAGUCUGCUGGGAAGGAGGAAGCGCCAGCUGAGGUGCAGCUCCUGGUGGUAUAUCUCAGUGGGUCAUCAGAGGUUAUUGCUGAACGUUUAUGCAAAAGAAAGGGCCAUUUCAUGUCCCCUAAUUUACUGCAGUCCCAAUUUGAUACUCUGGAGCCACCAUCAGCUCCAGAAAAUUUCAUCCAAAUCAGUGUGGACAAAAGUCUUUCAGAGAUAAUUACUACAAUCAUGGAAACAAUAAAACCAAGAAUCUUUUCUAGUCAGUAGUUCAAAACAGAAUUAAGCAAGAAUCUCAACCCCAUUCCAGAUCUUGUUCAGUACUGUAUUCUAAAUUAAGGUAAUCGGUAUGCGCUUGUUUGGGUGUACCUUUAGGAAUCUGUGAUGCUGUUGUGCAUUGGUAGAUGAGAAGGAACUUUGAAAGUAAAAGCUUCAAGAAUUCAUGUGACUCAAUCAAGUGAUUAGAGUAACAAUGAUCAUUAAUACUGUACAUCAUAAUCUUUUAAACAUUCUGAUCAUUUCUGUAUUCAAAUAAAUUUUGACUAUCCU